CUACACUGUGUACAAAAGGUUGUUUACUCGUUGCUAUGCUUGCUAGUUCACGUUCAUCACAAACAAAGUUUCAUCUGAAAGGCUUUGAUUGCUCCGACAGAGUCAUGGCUUACGGAUUCCAUAUAGACGGAAUAAGUCCUUAUAUGGGCAGCGAUUUUGAAGUGAAUCCAAACUUGUAUGAACCUUGGGCAGAUAGCGAGGAAGCAGAGGACACAUUGAUAGAGAAGUUGGUAGGCCGAGUGAUAUUAGCCAGCAUUCACGGAGAAGGAUACGGAAUCACUAGUGAAGAAGACGGCCGGCUGAUGACACACGAAGAGGCCUCAAACGAUCUGAAAAGAAUUCAGACUUCUAGCCAUAGUAAAAAACGGCACCAUCAAAAACAGAGGAAAAGACAAAAGAAAGGAAGAAAAGAAGACAAGGAAUGUGGAGUCACCGUGAAAAAUGCCCACCCCAUGUACCCCUGGGUUAAUGUAAAACUACCAAAUUUCAGGUAUAUGGUUUUAUCUGAAGUGGAAUCUCGUGCGCGAGCAGUUCACGAUUACUACGCCAAGCAGUGGUGUGGGGUAUUGGACGAUAGGUUCCGUAGCUACGUAGACCUACAUAGAAGUCUGGAGAGAGAAAAAAGACUGGGUGAAAAAUUACAGCAAGCAUUAGAAGAAAUUCACCACCAACGAAAGGAAAACGAGAAUCUCAAGACUGAGAUUGAAAAUAUAAAGAAAUCGAGAAAACAGAGGAGGAAGGACGCCAAAUUGCAACGAAUGCAAGAUUUACAGGUAAAAGAUGAACAGACCGAACUCGAUCUAAUAAGGGAGGACCAGAUACAAGAGAAACUACAUGAGGGAGGAGAAGCAUCCAAGGGAAGAAAUAAAAACAAAGCAGACGAUCAUCAGAGGAAGACUGAGGAUGGGAAGGGGGGAGUUGGGGAGGGUUCAAAAAAGAAGAAGAGAAAUCGUAAACGAAGAAAAAACAGAGCAGAGAAAAAUGGUGGCACAGAAUCAGAUAUAUUAGAACCCCAUGUAGAAAAAACAGAAAAGGCCGAAAUAUGUCAUAAGCAGCAACAAGAUGAUUCCGAAAAACCGGAAAUCAAUUCUUUUAUACAGACUGCCGCCAAUAAUGAUAAUGAAGAAAACGGGGGAUUAGAGAAUAACAAAUUACCGUCCGUAGUACUUCAGAAAAUCAUAGAGAAUAAAAACAAAAAAUCCAGUUCAGAGAAACUUCAGACGAUGGAGGAUGUAAUUACUAAGAUGAUAGAAACACUCUCUAAGUCGACAGGGGGUGGGGGUGUGAAGGACGAGGAAGGAGAAGGGACAUUUUACUCCGGGGAGCCCGCUCAAGCCACACUAGCGCCCGAGAACCCAGAAAAGAAACCACCAAGUUCAUGUACUUCAAGGAAAAUGGAAACCGGAAAUGGUGAUGAAAAUACCAGGAAGUCCGGAAAUGGUGAUGAAAAUUAGGCAACUGCGGUGUUGGAGUGAUAUGGAUUUUUGUUAUGUGUUGCUGCUGAUUGAUAGAUCAAGACUUUUUUUUCAAUUCAGUACUAAAUUCUUUUAGUAUAACAUCUGUUUAGAUUCCAUUAAUUAUCCCUUUAAAAUUUCCUUUUUUCUUUUCCUGCUUGAUUUUAACCAAGAAAAUAUUGUUUUAUAAUCUUUAGAGGUCAAUAAAAAAAUUAUUUCAAUGAU